ACCCCCCUUCCGCCUUGCCCCCUCCUCCGCUCCCUCUCCGCCCCAUGCGCCCCCGCCCCCGCGCCUGACCAGCAAGCAAGGCUGCCGAGACCCCCCGUGAUGCCCCCGCGGCCGUCCCUCCACUCGCUGCUCCUCAUGGCCGCCUCCGCCUCCUCCUCCUCCGCCGCGGCCGGCGGGGACUCGGGCCUCCUCCUCGCCGCGCGCCGCCGCCUCCCCGCCGCGGCGGGCCACCGCAUCCGGCUGCUCCACUCCUUCUCGGGGCCCCGCGUCCCCAGGCGGGCCGAGGUGGCCUGCUGCGUGCGGAGCGACCCGGACGCGCGGCCCGCGGGACCCGUCACCGUGCGCUCCAGGAACGUUCAUUCAGCGAACAACUACAAGGCUACUUCUGAGGGGAGACUUGGGCAGCUCGUUCAGAAGUUGAAAAACGAAGGUAUUAAUCCCAAGCAGUGGAAGCUUGGAAAUUUUCAGCGUAUGAUGUGCCCGAAGUGCAAUGGUGGAUCUAAUGAGGAGUUGAGCCUUAGUGUAUACAUCCGAAUGGAUGGUAUGAACGCAUCAUGGAAUUGUUUUAGAUCGACGUGUGGUUGGAGAGGUUUUAUCCAGCCUGAUGGAGUUCCAAAGCUAUCACAAGCAAAAACUGGCAUAAAAAGUGAAACGGAUCAAGAGGUCGAACCUAACAAGGCAGCAAAUAAGGUUUACAGAAAAAUCAGUGAAGAGGACCUCAACCUUGAGCCACUUUGUGAUGAGCUUGUAACAUACUUCUCUGAGAGAAGGAUAUCCGCUGAAACACUUCGAAGGAAUAAAGUAAUGCAACGUAAAUGGAAGAAUAAGAUAUCCAUUGCUUUCACCUAUAGACGUGAUGGUGUCGUUGUUGGCUGCAAAUACAGGGAAGUUGAUAAGAAAUUUUCACAGGAGGCAAACACGGAGAAAAUUUUUUAUGGUCUGGAUGAUAUAAAGCGCACACAAGAUAUUAUCAUUGUUGAGGGUGAAAUUGAUAAGCUGUCGAUGGAUGAAGCUGGCUAUCGUAAUUGUGUCAGCGUACCAGAUGGUGCACCACCAAAAGUAUCCAGUAAAAUCCCAGACAGAGACCAGGAUAAGAAGUAUCAAUAUCUGUGGAACUGCAAAGACUAUCUUGACUCGGCAUCUAGGAUAAUACUGGCCACCGAUGCUGAUCCUCCAGGCCAGGCUCUGGCUGAAGAACUUGCUCGUCGACUUGGUAAAGAAAGAUGCUGGAGAGUCAAGUGGCCAAAGAAGAAUGAGACAGAUACUUGCAAAGAUGCAAAUGAGGUACUGAUGUUUUUAGGUCCACAAGCAUUGAGAAAGGUUAUAAAAGAUGCAGAACUGUAUCCCAUAAGAGGCCUUUUUGCAUUCAAAGAUUUCUUCCCUGAGAUUGAUAAUUACUAUCUUGGAAUCCAUGGGGAUGAGCUCGGUAUUCGUACUGGAUGGAAAUCUAUGGAUGACCUUUACAAGGUUGUGCCUGGGGAGUUGACUGUAGUAACAGGAGUACCAAAUUCUGGUAAGAGUGAGUGGAUAGAUGCGUUGUUGUGCAAUAUAAACAAAGAAUGUGGGUGGAAAUUUGUUCUGUGCUCAAUGGAAAACAAGGUCAGGGAGCAUGCUAGGAAACUCUUAGAGAAGCGCAUUAAGAAACCAUUCUUUGAUGCUAGGUAUGGUGCGUCUGCAGAGCGAAUGACUCCUGACGAAUUUGAAGCAGGAAAACAAUGGUUGAAUGAAACUUUCCAUCUUAUCCGGUGUGAAGAUGAUAGCCUUCCGUCUAUUAAUUGGGUUCUUGACCUUGCGAAAGCUGCAGUGCUAAGACAUGGAGUGCGCGGUCUUGUGAUUGAUCCUUACAACGAACUUGACCAUCAGCGCCCCUCAAACCAAACGGAGACAGAGUAUGUCAGCCAGAUUCUUACCAAGAUUAAGCGCUUUGCUCAGCACCAUUCGUGUCAUGUAUGGUUUGUUGCCCAUCCUAGACAGCUCCAUAACUGGAAUGGAGGCCCACCGAAUAUGUAUGACAUCAGUGGAAGUGCACAUUUCAUAAACAAAUGUGACAAUGGAAUUGUCAUCCACAGAAACAGGGAUAAGAAUGCAGGCCCUCUUGAUGUCGUGCAGGUUUGUGUGAGGAAGGUGCGGAACAAAGUGAUUGGGCAAAUAGGAGAUGCUUUCUUGACAUAUGACCGGGUUACUGGUCAAUUCAAGGAUGCUGGUAAAGCCACCAUAGCAGCCACUACGGCAGCAACGGUACAAAAGCAAAAGAACAGCUAUGUAAAGAGUACGAAGGACAAUGUGGCAUAUGAGAUGCCAUUACCGCAUGUUGAACCAGCCGACUCGGUUGAUGGUAAAGGGUAACUGCCUGGCACAGUAGCACACCAUAAUCCUUCGUCCUGAGUUCAGUUUGCUCUGGUUUCGGCGGCGCAGAAGAAAUAGACAUGUUUUUGGUGUUUUUCUCUACUCACUGGUAUCAUUUGACGCAAGUGAGAUUGCACCAUUGUUUCUGGGGAUGGGCCUGUUGCAGCUAGGUUCACUGUUCACCUCACACAUAGGGUACUGAUCUCUAGUUCUUCCGUGAUGUGGCACUCCUGAAUUGGGUUGGAAAUCAAGUGUCUACUGCUUCCUGCUGCGAAUGGGGUUGGAGGCUAACCUCCCUUGGAUGGAUACAAGACAUUGGCGGGGUGGUGUAUAGUAAGCUUAUGUAAUUAAUUGCCACACCAGGCGCUAGCUCUAUGAGCAGUUGCUGGGUGGAUUUUUAGCGGCUAGGGUCAUCAUCCUUUCCAAAAAUUGUAGCAGUUGGAAGGGCAUCUGUUGAUCUCUGUUCACACUUAUACACCUGACCUGGGAAACUAUAUUUAAUGUGCCAGAAUUGUGAAAUCAGGUGUUGCGCUUGUUUCUUC